UCGUUGAAGAUGCAGUCAUCAAUCACUACCAUUUUCUUCUUUCUCUUUUUCUUUAUCUGCUUCAAUGGACCAACAAUGGCGGAUUCAGAUGACACCAUUGAAACCAACUUCCGACUUCCAUCUCCUUUACCCAAAUGGCCUUCAGGUGGAGGGUUUGCAGCUGGAGCCAUUGAUUUGGGAGGAUUAGAAGUGAGUCAAGUAACAACAUUCAAGAAAAUGUGGGCAACAAAUGAAGGAGGAUCAGAUAAUGUUGGGGCAACAUUUUAUGAUCCUGUUGCAAUCCCACAGGGGUUUCACAGUUUAGGCUCUUAUGCCCACCCAAACAACAUCCCAUUUUUUGGCCAUAUUCUGGUGGGAAAAGAUGUAUCAAAUGACCCUUCAAAACCCACUCUCAGAUCGCCAAUUGACUACACUCUUGUUUGGAGUAGUGAGUCUGUAGACAUCAAGAAAGAUGGUGAAGGUUACAUUUGGGUCCCAGUUCCACCUGACGGCUACAAACCGGUCGGGUUUGUGGUUGGUGGCUCGUCUGCGAAGCCACCGCUCGAUAAGGUUCGUUGUGUCCGUGAAGACCUAACCGACACGAUGAACAUGACGGAUUUGGAAACGGGUAUGUGGGUGUGGGGCUCCGGUAAUGAUCUCGAUCUCGAUGGUUUGAAUGUGUAUGCUUCCAUGGCUGGUUUUGUGGUUGGAGAUCCAAGUGUGGGCAACGACGCAUCGAGACCAUCUUGUUUGAAGAAUUCGAAUGGCAAUUUAUCGAACUCCAUGCCGAAUUUGAACCAGAUCGAAGCAUUGAUUCAAGCGUAUGCUCCAGUGAUUUACUUUCAUCCUAAUGAACCUUACCUUCCCUCUUCAGUAGAUUGGUUUUUCCAAAAUGGUGCUUUGGUUUAUCAAAAAGGGGUAGAGUCCAAACCCAAACCAAUCGAGAUCCAUGGCUCGAACCUCCCACAAGGUGGCUCGAACGAUGACACAUAUUGGCUAGACCUUCCAGCCGAUGGUUCAAGCAAAGAUAGAAUCAAGAAAGGGGAUUUAGAAGAUGCAUGUGGUUAUUUCCAUGUUAAACCCGUAUCUGGAGGGUUAUUUACCGAUAUUGCCAUUUGGGUAUUUUACCCUUUUAAUGGUGGGUCAAGGGCAAAAGUGGAAUUCCUCAACAUCGAUUUGGGAAAGUUGGGUGAACAUGUAGGUGAUUGGGAGCAUGUGACUUUAAGAGUUAGUAAUUUUAAUGGUGCAUUACACAGUGUUUUCUUUUCGCAACACAGUUGGGGCAAAUGGGUGAGCGUUUCAAAUCUCGAGUUCCACACCGGUAAUAAACCGGCGGUUUACGCAUCAUUACACGGCCACGCAUCAUACCCGAAACCGGGCUGCGUUCUGUUGGGGUCAGGAGGGGGGGAUAUUGGAGUGCGAGACGACACGGCUAAGAGCUCUAAGGUGAUGGAUACGGGAUUGCACGCGGUGGUUGUUGCGGCAGAGUAUCUGGGGUCGGCGGUGGUCGAGCCACCGUGGUUGAAUUACGAGAGAAAAUGGGGCCCUAAAAUCGAUUAUGAUGUAGAUAAAGAGAUGAAGAAAGUGAAGAGGGUGAUGAUAGGGAAAUUAAAGAAGGCAUUUGAGAGAUUUGUGGGGGGUGUUCCAAAGGAGAUGUUGGGUGAAGAUGGACCAACAGGUCCAAAAGUGAAGACCAGUUGGAGUGGGAAUGAAGCUGUUUGAUGUUAAUGGUUUGAAAGUGGUUGAACAAACUUCAACCUAUUUUCAAUGAACGUAUGGUUUUUAAAAAUUUAAUAGAAUUUUAAUUUUUAGUGA